GCCAAGGACUCGAGUGCUGCUCAGCUAAAAUUUUCAAUGAAAAUCGCAUUCAAGUGUGUCUUAAUUAUAAGGAAGGAACAAAAGGUUCACUGCAAGCAAAAUGUUUCUCCCGCUGUUAUUGUGCUUUCUGCCGUCAGCUUUCGGGCAGCUCAUCUUAGGAUUUUGUCCGGAACCACCACCGUUCGUUCACCAGCUCGAUUGGAAUAAGUACUCGGGAGACUGGUAUACAGUGGCACAAAGCUCUAAUCAUCCCCUGAAAGCCUCUGAUUGCCAACGUGUCAGAUACAGCAGAAACCAAGAAGGAUUUGACGGGACUUUCAGCUUGCUACACAAACCCACAAAUUCCAAGGUGUUUGAGAACGGAACCUUUUGGCGGGAAAGUCACAAAACCCCAGGAGAGUUGAAAUUUCGACUUAAGAGUUUUCCUCGUUCCUACCAGUUUCGAGUGCUACAUACAAAUUACACCGACACAGCUGUGGAGUACUUAUGCUUAGGAGGAGCGCUGACUCAUAUAACUUCCAUUUCUGUCCUGCAUCGCCACAGUCCUAGUCAACUUCCACUUCAACACGAUUUGGAGCAAACUCUUCGCCAGCUCAACCUGUCACAUGUCAUUCCACCGCCGUUGAGGAGCAAAAUGACACUCAUAGACCACACAGCUUGCUGAGUUAAACCCGAAAUAAAGUUUUAACCAAC